GCAGCUGCAGACUGAUCAUCCGUUUGUUUGAGGCUGAGUCUCAUACACCGAGCUGGGCAGGAAAACUGUGCAAACUUCUGAUUCUGAUGACGAAUCAGAAGUUAAUCUGCUCUUUUUCGCACCUGAGUCGCUCUCAGUUUGACCAACACGACAAGGAUGAAAGUUCGGAUUUUCUAAAUCAGUAGUUUUAACGUGCGGUAAUCCGUACUACUGACAUAAACAGGGGAUGUGAGGGACAAGUUUGAAAACAGAAAAACUCAUAAAAAGGAGCUCAGCGGCGAGGAUGUACGCAGGUAAGAGAAAUCAUCCAUAUUUUCGCACUUUAGAGCAGAUCGCGUAUUUAUUUACUUAAAUGUCUGAGGGGGAAAGAGAGAGUUGUUAGAAACGCGGGUGUCUCAAAUCUGGUUUUUAGGGGUUUUUUCUUGGCUGUUUUCUGACAUGUUUGUGUAGUUACUUUGUGCAAAGAAAUCGUUUUUUUUUUCUUUGUUUUGAAAGUUUCUCUUGUGCAUCGAUUCGUGGUGCUGAAGUAACAGCUCCCCACACUUGCUCGGUGCAGUUACUCCAAAAAAGUAAGAAAAAUAAGCAACACGGAUUUUUCUUUAAAAAAAAGUAGGAAAUCCGUUUUUCCCCUUUUGCGUCAGCGUGUGGUGGCUCAGUGCCUGGGCGAGUGGAGGAUUUGGGCUGCUGUUGCUGCCUCUGUUCCUCUUCUGCACCCACUUAAUAUGUUCUCAGAAGAAGGGCUGCAAGUAAAUUUUACAUGCAGCAUGGCAGUGAGCCACACAUCUUAUUUACCUUAUUCUACAACAAUAAUGAAUUGAAAACAGAGUCCGAAGUUAUAAAUCUGCCUGUUUCCCAGGUCACAAGCUGUGACAGACAGAACAUGCAGCACGAACGUCCACAGCCUAUAUCAUAACUGUCAUUUUUGUUUUGCUUUUUGUCCCUGGAUGUGCAGCAACAUGCCAACAUGCCACUUUGGUGAAAACUCAAAGCAAGUUCUAAGCAGACUGGUGCCCCUGGGCAAGAUGAUUUAUUUGGGUCACAUUUUAUGUAAUAGGUACAAAUGUGGUGCAAGAUAUGAUUUCAUGAAACUUUUUUUUUCUUUUUUUAAUGCAUAUUUACCAUUAGGUGUCCUUGAACAGCUUCUUGGCAGACAGCAGUCCUCUCACCCAGCAUAAAUCUUGACGAAAAAAAAGAGGAUGCAAAGAUAAGAGUAAGAGUUAAGGAAGCAGAUGGUAGAAGCAGCUUGUUCUCUCACUCCCAAGCUUUGAACCCCACACCCUUGCCUUUAAUAUACAUUCAAGGAUUCUGCUGAGUGUACUGAAACAUAAAGCACAGACAAAGAAAUCCUGCUAAGCUCUCGUUUCCUUUAUUCCUUGAUUGUACCUCUCCUUACUAUGAUUUCACACACUGUUGACUUCUGUACAGUCUGGAUAUUUCUCCUAUUCAUUGAGGGGGGAUUUGCACUGGUGCAAAAGAUUAAAGAUUCAGGUGCAGGGUCGAAAGCAGUUAACCCUUCUCUACGAGCGCGUCACUGUGGAAACUGGGUACGAACCACUGAUGGCGGCACUUUCAGUUCCCCAAACUACCCAAAUACGUACCCUCCAAACAAGGAGUGCCUCUAUGUGCUGGAAGCCCUGCCUCGCCAGAGAAUAGAGCUGAUGUUUGACGAAGUCUUCCACAUCGAGGCGUCGUUCGAAUGUCGCUUCGACCACAUCGAAGUGCGGGACGGUCCCUUUAGUUUCUCCCCGCUCAUCAAUCGCUUCUGCGGAUCAGCCAGUCCUGGACUCAUCCUGUCGAGCGGACGCUUCAUGUGGAUCCGCUUCUUCAGUGAUGAAGAGCUGGAGGGGACUGGCUUCCAGGUCCAGUACAGCUUUGCUGCAGAUCCUGAAUUUCAUCUGCAUGUGGGAGGACUUUUAAACCCCAUCCCAGAUUGUCAGUUUGAGCUGUCUGGAGCUGACGGUGUAAUCCGUUCAAGUCAGGUGGACGAAGAGUCCAAAGUGAAGCCAGACCAGGCAGUGGAUUGCAUCUGGACUAUACGUGCCCCAACAAAGAACAGGAUUUACCUGCGAUUUUUGGAAUACCAGAUGGAAAACUCCAAUGAAUGUAAGAAGAACUUUGUGGCUGUUUAUGAUGGCAGUAAUGCCAUUGAGGAUCUAAAGGCCAAGUUUUGUAGUACAGUAGCUAAUGACAUCAUGCUGGACACUGGUGUGGGAGUAGUGAGGAUGUGGGCUGAUGAGACAAGCCGUCUCAGCCGCUUCCGGAUGCUGUUCACAUCUUUUGCUGACCCACCCUGUAUGAGCGGUGCGUUCUUUUGCCACACUAACAUGUGCAUCAACACUUCUCUGGUGUGCAACGGCAUACAAAACUGUGUCUUUCCUUGGGACGAAAGCAACUGCAAAGAGAAAAAGAACAAAGGUCUUUUUCACCAGAUCACAAAGACUCACGGGACAAUAAUCUGUGUGUCUACGGGGGUGGUGCUGUUACUCCUAAUUGUCUCCAUUCUGGUGCAAGUCAAGCAGCCACGUAAGAAGGUGUUGGUUCGUAAGAACAACUUGUUUCCUCGUGCUGACUUCCAGGAGGUGUUUGACCCUCCUCACUAUGAACUCUUUAAUCUCAGAGACAAGAUUUCUUCAAGAGACCUUGGGGAGUUGUCAGAGGAGCUCCAGUCCCUACAAGCGCUCAGGAGGUCCUCGUCAGGAUCGCGCUGCAUACACGAACACCAUUGUGGCUCUCUGGCCUCUAUCAACUCCAUUAAAGGCAGCCUAGGGGCGCAAGGCCUGGGAAGGGGAUCCAUGGAGCUUCCACCUUUCAGAGUAGACUUCCAAAACUCCUUGCCUCCCCUAAGAGAUUUCAACAGCAGUCUGAGGAAGAAGAGCUGGCCCAGUAUGAAAUCAGGCCGAAUGCAGGGCCAUCAUGGUAUGGGAGAGAGAGCUCUGGGGCGGCAGGACAGAGUAAUGGAAGAGGAAGAAGAGGAGGAGGAUGGAAGGUAUGAUGUGUAUGUGCGGAGAGGCGGAAGCCGAAGAGGCUAUGAAAUAGCCCAGCAAAGAUCCCUGUCCAUGGACUUUUGAGGAGAAAACACAAGAUCUGCGUUAGG